AUGACGAAAAUCGACACUCUCCGUCGUUUUCUCCUCCCGUGUAUCACACCUCCGACGAAUCAAACCGCCGCAUCGACAACCGGAGCAGCAUCCACCGGCGUCAGCAAGAAACGUCUCAGCACCUCCCUAAGAGACGACGUCGACGUCCAAGACUCGGCUUCUUCUUCCGCCUCAUCCUCCGAGGCCACUUCCUUCGCCGCCUCCGACUACCUCUCACCCGUCACGGUGCCGCAGAGACCCUCGAAGACGAUGGUGAUUGGGACGAUUUUCGGGAGGAGAAAGGGACACGUGUGGUUCUGCGUCCAGCACGACCGUCUCUCCGUCAAACCGCUCCUUCUCCUCGAGCUCUCCAUCGCGACGAACCAGCUGGUCCACGAGAUGGGCUCGGGCCUUGUCCGGGUCGCUCUCGAAUGCCCGACCCGACCCGAAUUGAAGUCUUGCCUGCUGAGAUCCGUACCCGUUUGGACGACGUUUUGCAACGGGAGGAAGUCGGGGUUCUCUGUGCGGAGGAGCGCCAACGAGGAGACGAGGAUGAUGCUGAAGAAACUGGAGUCGAUGACUGUUGGGGCGGGCGUGUUGCCAGCCGGAUCCGGGUCGGGUGAGUCGGAUCUUGACGAGGUUAUGUAUAUGAGGGCGAAUUAUGAGCAUGUUGUGGGUAGCUCUGACUCGGAGUCGUUUCAUCUGAUUAACCCGGACGCUAACUCGGCUCAAGAACUCAGCAUCUUCUUGCUCAGGACCUCUUCGUAA